AUGAGCUCUCGAGAUCACAACGCGUUCGGCGACGACAGCGAUAGCGAAGACGACCAGCCUCGGCUCGGCGCUCCCGAAGACGACGCUCCCCCUGAAUUCGAUGUCUACAAGGACUUCAAUAAUACCGGGGUUAGAUACACGACCCUGCUGCAGGGAACAACAGAUGAACCGAAGCUAGAUCGAGAAGAGUUUGAAGAAGGCCACCCAAACCAACUCUCCAAGACCCAAUCACCCAUCCUUGAUUCAGAAAAAUCACGCCAGAACCGAGGCGAAGAUUACUCGACCAUCGGCGAGCCCCUUUCGGCCGCCCCGUCUCAAUCACGAUUUCAGGUCGACCAGCCCACUCUUGCUUCUGCCUCGAAACCUCAAGGGAAACUCUCACAGCUGAAAAACUCGAAGAAUCGCUGGAAAAUCGGAUCAAUCAUUGCUUUCGUGGCUAUUGCCUGUUUGGGAGUGGUGGUCUUUUUCUUGAUCCCCCGCCAGCCGUUCAUAUCCUUCGAAGCGCCGCCAAGGCUGAGCAAGAAGGAGGACAACCACCUGAUCUUCAGCGCCUCCAAGCCGACCAACUUCUCCUUCGAUGCCCAGCUCGACCUCUCCCUCGACGGCCGGCCCUCCUACCUCCCCACCCUGAUCCGGGGCUUCAAAGUGACCAUCAACGACCUCGGCGCCACACCUGACUCGGUCCGGCUCGCCACCGGCCGACUCGAUAACGGAUUCACUGCGAGCACUAAGAAACUAACCGCGUUGACCCUCGAUGUUCAUUUCAAAUACGAGGCCAAGUUGCCGUCCGAUACGCUCUGGCAAGUCUGGCGGAAAGCCUGCGGGAAUAUCGCCGAGUCCACUGUCAAUGGCACCAUCACCCGGCCCUCAGUCCAGCUCUUCCUCCUCAUCGAAUUCAAUGUUAUCGGGAUGUUCAGCACCAGAUAUGAUAGCACCCAGCUGACCAAUGUCGGAUGUCCCGCUGAACUCCCCCCUGGCGCCCCUUCCUUCUAA